AUGGGGAGUCCUAAAUCUGGGAUGCAGGCUGGCUACGGAGGAAUGGGUGGAGGAGGAGGUCAGAGACUGGCCAACCAAGAGAGCCACAGGCCGAUGCAGCAUAGCUCAGGCCUAGUCCAUGGCUCAGGCCACGCCCCAGGCCCAGGGCAGGCUCAGGGUCAUGGGCCAGGGAUGGGUGCUGGGAUGGGUGGUGGUCCAGGUCAGCAUGCCUCCAGACGAAACCUCCAGGUGGACUUCAGCGGUUCGGGUGGCCGGACGGGUCGCUCCUCCUCAAUGUCCCCGGACCGUGGGAUCACCCCCACCUCGCCCUACUCAGUGCCCCAGAUCGCCCCCAUGCCCGUCAGCAAGCUGUGCCCACUCUGCUCCACCACGGAGCUGACCAAUCCGCCGGCCCUGCCAAACUACAACACCUGCACACAGUGCCGCUCCACCGUCUGCAACCAGUGUGGCUUCAACCCCAACCCCCACCUCACAGAGGUCCAGGAGUGGCUCUGUCUCAACUGCCAGAUGCAGAGGGCGUUGGGCAUUGACAUGACCACCGCACGAUCCAAGAGCCAGCAGCAGAUCCACUCUCCAUCCCUCAAUCCCAGCCACAGUCCUUUGGCCAAACUCAGUCCCAGCCCUAUGGUCAAUCCCAGCCCUAUGGGCAGUCCCAGCAACAGCUCUAUGGUCAAUCCCAGCCCCAACAACAGCCCUACGGCCAAAGCCAGCCCCAGCAACAGCCCUUUGGCCAAACCCAGCCUCAAGCCAACCCCCAGGCUCAGCAUCAGCCACAGCCCUCCCCUGGCCUACAGAGACACCCUGUCGCCGGCUCAGCCUCCCUGCCCGGGUCUUCGACAAGCUCUCCCCAGCACAUCCCAUAUGGCCAGAGAGGGCCUGGAGGUCCCGGCCAGCCCCGGAUACCCCACCCUGGGGCAGUCCCCCUGGUGGGCAUGGCCAAGGCUCCCUCCCAGCCAGACCUGGGCAGAGGGGCAGCCCCCCCAGGACGGCCUGACCAAACUGUUUGGCUUUGGGGCGUCGCUCCUCAACCAAGCGGCCAGCACCCUGGCAUCUGUGGACCCCCUCUCAGGGCCACCGUCCUCCCAGCCCUCCACUGCCAGGGGUGGACCUACCAAUAAACAAGAAGGACCUCCUGGUGCUAAACCUUUCCAGACAGGUGGCCCGCAUGCACCCCAAAUGGGUGGCCUCCAUGCACCAACUCAGAAAGGGCCCCAACAGCAGCAGUCGCCUGCGCAUCAACACAAGGGGCCACAGCAGCAGCAAGGGUCUCCCCUCAAACAGCAGCAGCAGCCGGCGGCCAGACAGGAGCCAGCUCCCAAGCCUGUGGAGCCUGUGGAGCCUGAGAAGCCCAAAGUCAACUGCCCCCUGUGUAAGACGGAGCUCAACAUCGGCAGUACAGCCGAGCCGCCCAACUACACCUCCUGCACCCAGUGCCACGCCCAAGUGUGCAACCUGUGCGGAUUCAACCCCGCGCCUCACCUGGAGAAGAGGGAGUGGCUCUGUCUGAACUGUCAGACCCAGCGGCUGAUGUCCGGAGGACUCGGAGACCCCUCUCCUGUUCCUCAUCCGUCUCCAAAGCACCAACCAAUGGGAUCUCCACGCCACCUGGCACCAGCCAGUCAGCAGCCAGCUCAGAAGCCGCCCUUCCUGAAAUCGACCAAUCAGCAGCAGCAAGGGCCAAGAACGAUGCAGCCGCAGCAGCAGAAGCCACAGACAGGCCUGGGGAGCGGGCCUUUCGCAGUGAAGCAACCAGGGGACACAAAGGCUCCUGUCCAGCCCACACCUUCCAAUGAGCCCCCAAAACAACUGAAGGCCACGGAAGAGACUAUGCCAAAGUCAGAGGAGGUGGUGGAACCCGCCAUAGACACCAAACUAACUCAGAAGAAGGGAGAGCCAAUCACAAAAGACCUAAAGAAGUCAAGACAUUAUGACGAGACCAAGAACAGCACUCAAGACCUGUCACGGAGCCCCCAGAGCCUGAGUGACACCGGCUACUCCUCGGACGGCAUCUCCAGCUCACACAGUGAGAUCACCGGCCUCAUCCAGGAGGAGGAGAUGAAGCUGAGCGAGAGGGGCAUCAGCGGACAUGGCAGCCCCCCCAGCCCUUCCGAGAUCACCAAGCUGGAGAGCUCCAUGAGGCCCCUUCUGGAGUCCAAGACCCUGCCGGCUGAGGAGAGGGAGCGCGAACGGGGCCGGGGCAGGCACCACCGAGAGCAGAGGCCCCGGUCGCUGUCCAUCACCCCCGAGGCCUACGACUCUGAUGAGGAGCUGGAGGACAUCGUGGAGGAGGAGGAGGACGGAGGGGACUGGGAGUCCAAACGGGAGCACAAGAGCAGUGCCGCUCCCAAGGACGAGAAGAAAGUGGCCGAACCGGAGCCAAUGACAGAUGAGGAGUUCAUGAGGAGACAGAUCAUGGAGAUGAGCGCAGACGAGGACAACGAAGAAGAGGAGGACAUGGAGGAGGAGGACGAGGAGGACGAAGGCUACGGCUACCAAAAACCGAAAAAGACACACAAGCACAUCUCGGAGUCAAUGAAAGAGAAACGCCGCCUAUCUCACCAGUCCAGCAGCUUUGAGGAGGAGACCAAAAGCUCCAGCGACAUCUACAAAGGUUCUGCGGAGGAAGGAGAGGAGGGGGGCCUGGGGGGCCUGCGCCGCUUCAAGACCAUUGAGCUCAACAACACCAACAGCUACAGCCAUGACAUGGAGCUCAACAAUGAAAAUGACCUCAGUCUGGACCGAGAGCCCGAGCUGGAGAUGGAGAGCCUGACGGGAUCUCCUGAGGAGCGCUCCAGGGGAGAGUACUCCUCCACCCUGCCACCCACCACCUCCAGCUAUAACUCUGGCACCUCACCCACCUCCAUCUCCUCCAUGGAGGACGACAGUGACAGCAGCCCCAGCCGCAGACAGAGACUGGAGGACGCCAAGCAGCAGAGGAAAGCCCGGCACCGCUCCCAUGGCUCCCUGCUGCCCACCAUCGAGGACUCCUCUGAGGAGGAUGAGCUGAGGGAGGAGGAGGAGCUGCUGCGGGAGCAAGAGAAGAUGAGGGACCUGGAGCAACAGAGGAUCCGCAGCACGGCCAGGAAGACCAAAAGAGACAAAGAGGAGCUGAGGGCCCAGAGACGCAGGGAGAGAUCCAAGACGCCCCCCAGCAACCUCUCCCCCAUCGAGGAUGCCUCCCCUACUGAGGAGCUGCGACAGGCUGCAGAGAUGGAGGAGCUCCACCGAUCCUCUGCAUCGGAAUACUCCCCCCAGAGCCUUGACUCAGAGGCUGAGGGAUACGAGUCUAAACUCUACAAGUCUGGCAGCGAAUAUAACCUGCCCACGUUCAUGUCUCUGUACUCUCCGACCGAGAAGUCAUUGACGACCACGGCGACCACUGCUCCCUCCAGCAGCAAGCCCCUGAAGAGUGCUGAGGAGGUGUAUGAGGAAAUGAUGAGGAAAGCUGAGUUGCUGCAGAAACAACAGAAACCGCAGCAGCAUCAGAAACAGCAGCAGCAACAGAAACAACAGAAACAGCAGCAGCAACAAGGGAGACACAACAGUACAUACAAGGAUGACACAAACGGCCAACAGUAUGAAGAUGAGUACGAGUACAAGCAGGCAGAGACUGGUUAUGAAAACGAGGCAGCAGAGACAGGAGACAUCUACGAAGAGAUCCGCCAGACCUCCCAGAACAUUACUAAGAUGCACCAGUCCUCCGCCCUGGAGUUACAGCAGCAGGCAGACAAGCAGGUGGAAGUAGACAACAGUACCUAUCCAGAUAAGCAGCUUUUAGAUACUGGGUCAGCCUUCACUAAGCUGCUUGAGCAGACCAAUGACCUAUUGACUCCUGGCACCAGCCCCACUCAGCUCUCUGCACCUGUGUCCUUCUCUGAGACCGGAGGAAGGAUCCCUGAUGUACGGGUGACACAACACUACUCAAAAGGGAUGAAGAACCAGACGGGUAAAAAUGGCAUCACUCCAGUGGUGGCCGUCACCACAAUAGCCGCCUACGGGGUUUAUUCCCGGGAUGCAGUGACCAUCUCCCAGACCAGCGUUAGUCAAACGAUGACGACCACCCAAUCCACCAUGUAUGGUUGGCAAACUGGAGGUCCCAACACUUCAACCACAACCGUCUCAAAUGUGUGCAGCAAGAUAGCGGAGAUAACACAGGCAUACAGCCAGAGAGAGGUGGUUGCGAGGAGCGUAGGGGAGAACCGAGGGGUCCAAGUCAGAGACAGUGCAACAUCUUCAGAGCACGUCAUAGAGACCCGCUCGCCAAAGAUGUCUUCGUACUACAAGAGCUCCAGCCCCCCUCUGUCCCCCUCCGCAUCGCCCACUGAGAGCCUAAGUCACUCCCCCUCCAGGAGGGUCGAGAUCUCCACCCAGACGUUCAGCCCAGGCAUAGUGGCUCCGUCGGCUGGCUCAGGGCCCACCUCCCCAGUGAUGGUCCAGGGGACCCAGAUAUCUCACAGAGUCAUAUCCCCACGUCUUUUCAGACAGCAAUCCUCCCAGGACUCCCACUACAUGGACACCGAGCACACAAGCUCUGCCAAACCAGUGACGGUCAACACGGCCACCUCACCUUUAUCCUCGCCCACCAGAUUCAGCCGACAGUUGACAUUUGAUGGCUACUCUCCACAGGCCAGUCCGCCAGACAGCCCUCCAUACCACCAGUCUCAUCACCGCAGCUUCUAUAGGAUGCAGAAGGUGGAAAAGGUCAAUGUUGGCACCAGCAUGGUCACCACAGCUAGCACCUACAGCCGUGGUUCGAUGUCUAUGGACAACAUCUCUCUCUGCAGGAUCUCCACUGUCCCAGGGACAUCGAGAGUGGAGCAGGGCCAGAUGAUCUAUGGUGGGAGUGUGGUGGAUCUGAGAACAGUGGAUCUGAGAACAGCCACUAUACCAGCUCCCAUCAUCAUGACUGACCACGGCAUGGAUCUUACCUCUCUGGCCACAGAAACACGCAAAUACACCAGUGGGCACGAGGGGAGCCACCCUUCCACCAUCAUUCAGCCUCUCAUAAUGAACCUGAACACCCAGCAGCACCCCCAUGUGAUGGUAUCAACCGCAACCACGGUGAGCGUCACGGUGGCCGCCUCCAUGUUCAUAUCACAGCCCCAACAGCCCAUGGUCUACGGGGACCCUUUACAAAACAGAGUGGACCUGGGCCAGGGUAUGGGCUCAGCCAUGUGCCUGUCACAGAACAAACAGCUUCAACAGCAGCAGCAGCUCUUGGAGCAGCAGCUCCAGCAACACCAUCAGAUGCAGCAGCAGUCCUCCUUAGCUCGGUACAACCUACCAGGCCAGAUGACUCUGCUCAAAAAGGACCUUCUGGUCAGCCAAACCAGCAACUCCCCAGCCGUGGUUAGUGCUAUAUCCUCCGCCGUCGCCCCUGACAUCUACAGUACUGGAGGUCCCCUGGAACUGAAGAGCAAGCCAACCCCGGCAGGUGUGAUGAACCUGGCAGGCGGUGGGCCUCAUGGCAUGAUGGUCCAGAUGAAUGGAGCUCCACAGGGAGGACCAGUGACCCAGCUGGUGAAGACAGAAGAGAGCCAGGAUGCCGUGGACCUCACAGGGGGGCAGAUCAAAGCUGAGAACCAACCGGCCUGCUGUGAUGUAGUGUACCGCCUCCCAUUCGGAGGUAGCUGUGUUGGUGGUCCGUUCUCCCAGAAGCAAAAUGUUGAUGAGACAGUGGCCACUCAAGAGCCAAGACCACCCUCUGCGCCACCACUCUCCUACGAGUCGGACCAGGAGGGCCAGUAUCAGGAGUUUUCUAUGGACGGGCGUAAAGCCUACACACUACCGUUCCCUGGGCGGCUACAGCCCUCGCUGUCUGACACCAACCUAGCAGAGGUAGGACUCCAGUCCUACCACUCCAAGAUGGACCCACACAUCCAGGCCUCUGGAGAGCUGGCCGUGGACCUCAGCACCAUGAAACAUGCCUAUGAGGGAGGCUUCCUGGGACUGGGCAUGCAGUACGGCUCCUACACUGACCUACGCCAUGGGGGUGACCUCACUGCUACUGCCCUGCCCAUACGCAGAUUCAACUCCCUGUCAAACAUUAGCUCAGACUACGGCUACUCGCCCCGAGACCUCGCUAACUUCCAAGAGUCCAACCUGGCCCAGUACAGUGCCACCACUGCCAGAGAGAUCAGCCGAAUGUGCGCUGCCCUCAACUUAAUGGACCGCUAUGGGAGCAAUCCGGAGCUCGUGCAGUAUGGCGUAGGAAGAGGAACAGGUCCAGGUGGCAGGCUUAACUCUAUGAGACAAAAUAUGCUCUACGGACCUGAUGGAAAGCCAAUCUCUCAAACCCAAGCGCUCACCAACAUGAUCAAUGCCAGGCAAGCCAGCCUCCGAGCCAUGUACCCGUCUGCCAUGAGGUCUGCUGAUGGAAUGACCUACUCCACCAUCAACACACCCAUCGCAUCCACCUUGCCAAUCACUACCCAGCCUGCCUCAGCUCUGUGCCCACUACUGAGGGGAGUGUACAGGCCUUUACCCACAGCCAACAUGACACCCGUGCCUCUGGCCAGCCUCACCAGGAUGCCUGUGAACCCAAGGAUGCCUAUGUCUGGGCAGGCUCCAUACCGUUAUCCGGCUCCCAACAUCUUCCCAUUCACCACGUUGGCCCCUGUGAGCAUGCCUGCUGCUAUCACCACCACCCAGGAUGCCCCAGUCUACCUAGGGAAGCCCUCUGUGAAAUCAGGUGCAUCUGAUUCAUCAUCUCAACCUCUCUUUGCCCAUACAUCAGCCCCGGUCAGCUUGCCAAUAGAGCCCCAGCAGCAACCCAUGAACCUGACCCAGGCUCACCUCCACACUCAGGCCCCCGGGCAGCCCCAGGUCCAUCCUCAGAACCAACCUCCAGCCCAGCCCCAGCACAUGCAACCUCAAUCCCAUCCUCACAGCCAGCCUCCACCCCAGAGCCAGCCCCCUCCAGCCCACAUUUACCCUCCAACACAAAGCUACACUGGGCCCCAGAGCAACAUCCAGCCCCCUCCGUCUGGCCCACCCUCCAGCAGCCCAGUCAACACUGCGACGGAGACGGAGGAAAGGAUGCACCGCCAGCAUGAGCAGCUGUUGCAAAUGGAGCGGGAGCGUGUGGAGUUGGAAAAGCUGCGUCAGCUACGUCUGCAGGAGGAGCUGGAGAGGGAGCGCAUGGAGCUGCAGCGGCACCGCGAGAAGGAGCAGAUGCUGGUGCACAGGGAGAUUCAGGAGCUUCAGACCAUCAAGGAGCAGGUCCUGCAGCAGCAGCAGGCUGAGAGGGAGAGCCAGCUGGUGAUGCAGAAGGAGCAGUUGGCCCAGCAGAAAGCCCAGCUCGACCAGAUACAGUCGCUGCAGCAGCAGCUUCAGCAGCAGCUUGAGGAGCAGAGGAGGCAGAAGACUGCUGCAGCUGCUGCUGCUGCAGCCGCCGCAGCCGCUCAGGUGGACCAGAACGGCCAGACCCUGCUGCCCUAUGGAGAUCAAGUGGGCUUCAUUUCCCUGCCCAACUCCUCCUCGGACAUGUGUCUAAGGAACAAUGAAGAGCAUAUAGAGACCAGAACCAACAUGAGGAGGCAGAACUCCACCUCCAUGCCCAGGCUGAGGGAUGGAAUGGAGGGCGAGAGCAUUCAGUUCUAUGGAGCACGGAGGAUAGUGGACAGCUGUGUCCAGACAGACGAAGAGGAUGGCGAGGAGAGGUACAUCAUGUCCCGGCGCAGACGCAACAGGCGCAGUGUAGACUGCAGUGUCCAAACCGAUGAUGAUGAGGAGAAAGUGGAGUGGGAGCAGCCUGUGAGGCGCAGGCGGUCUCGCUUCUCUAAGCACUCGGAUCCCGGGGCCGAAAACAAGACAGACACAGCCUCCAAGACAGCCGCCUCAUCCAGCAUCGCCAUCCAGACCAUUCGAGAUAGCGCUUGUCAGACCGAAACAGACCAACUGGGGAAGGUGUCCCCAGCUAUCCACGUCACCGUGCCAGACCCGAACAAAGUCGAAAUUAUCCACUAUAUCUCAGGCCCUGAGAGGACCCAGAAGGGCCAAAGCCUAGCCUGCCAAACAGAAGUUGAGGCCCAGUCUCAGGGUGUGGUGGUGCCACAGCUCAGCGUGCCCACCACCGUCAGCCCCUACUCCACAAGCAUCCAGCUGGUGGGGUCCGCAGACCCGCGCCAGCAGCAGAACAGGAGGAGGCCAGACCCCCUAGAGAUCAGCUACCAAACCCAGCCCAUGAACCACCUCCACAAUGAGUCCCUCUCCAGCCUGAUCCGUCAGCCCCCCAAGUCCCCCCAGGUGCUCUACUCCCCCGUUUCCCCCAUCUCCCCCCACCACCUCUUGGAGACGUCCCUCUCCACCGGCGGGCUGAACAAGGCCCACGUCACCCCCCAGCAGAAAGCCUACACGGUCGAGUCGCCCCAGCGCCACCCCAUGCCCCGGCCCAUUAAGAGCACACAGAGGUCCAUGUCAGACCCCAAGCCCCUAAGCCCCACUACAGAUGAGCACACCAAGGCCAGGCUAAACCUGUACCAGCAGCAAGCUCUUCAGAGCCAGCUGGCCGCCCUGCAGCAGAGCGCCCUGAGGAAGGUGAAGAGGACCCUGCCCAGCCCCCCUCCAGAGGAAAGCCACCUCCCCAUUGUCACUCCGGCCCUCCCCCAGAUGUACAUGCCCUCCGUGCCCUCCCUGAGGGCCGGGACCAGGCCAGGUCUGGCAGCCAAAGCCAGCCUGCUGAAGGACCUCACCCACGAGCUGAAGGCCGUGGAGCAGGAGUCCACCAAGCUCCGCAAGCAGCAGCAGGAGCUGGAGGAGGAGGAGAAGGAGAUUGAUGCCAAGCUGCGCUACCUGGAGCUGGGCAUCCAUCAGCGCAAGGAGACCCUGGUGAAGGAGAGGGAGAGGAGGGAUAUGGCCUAUCUACGCUGCAUGGGCGACCCGCGAGACUACAUGUCAGACAGCGAGCUGAAUAACCUGCGGCUGGCGGCCGCUGUAGCUUCCUACGAGAGCAACGGGGUGCUGACCAGACCCAGCACAGCACCACUGAGCCAGUUCACCAGCGACUUCAACACAGCCGCCCAGUUUCCUCCCACCUCCUCCUUCGUCUCCUACCAGUCUUACCACAGCCUGAGCCAGCCAGCUCCAGCUCCCCAGCCCGGCACCCCUUACCAGACUGCAGCCUUCAACCAGCCCCCCUACCCUUCAGUGUCCCAGGCAGCGGCUCUCCCCCAGCCCACCCCCCUGCAGACCCAACAUCCUCCCCCAUCCUACCAGACCCAGUCCUUCUCCUCCCACACAUUCCCACAGAGCCAUCCCCCCUACCCGACAGAGCAGGGUGUGCACCUACUGCCUCAGCAACAGCAACAGCCUAGCCACCAGGGAUUCCAGCAUGCCCAGCCUGGCCAACCUCCCUACCCCACCCACACCUCUCCAUACCCCAGUCAGGUGUCCUACCCAGCUGGCCCUGGGCAGAUCACUCCCUACCAGCCCCAGGUAGACAUCCUCACUGUCCACCAGAGACCGAGACAGACCUCGCUGGCUGACCUGGAGCACAAGAUGCCCACCAAUUAUGAGGUCGUAAGCAACCCCACUGUAGGGGUGACCACCACGGCCCAAGACACCAUCUACUCCUCCUCCAGUGGGGCACCCCCAUACGGACAGUAUACUGGUGGUAGCACCAUGGUCAACACUUAUGGGCCAUACUCUACGGCAGUCUCCAGUACAUAUGGCCAGUACACCACGACAGUAUCCAACACAUACGGGCAGCAGUACACUUCCACCCCGGCCAGUACGUAUGGCCAGUAUACCACCACCACAGCUAACACCUACGGCUACACCACCACUACAGCCAGCUCCUACGGCCAAUACACUGCGACAGUGGCCAACAGCUACGGCCACGGCACUCCAUCUGACCGUCUGCACCCAGUUGACAGCCCCUCUACCUACGCACAGGACGGUCUCUAUGGCCCCGCAAGCCUGGAGCAGAAUGUCCCAAGGAACUACGUCAUGUGCGAUGACAUCAGCGAGCUGACCAAGGAGGGCCUGGGCGGCACAGCGGACAUGCACCGGAGCGACGGCCACGGUGGACGCUACGCAGGGGAAAGCGGUCCGGCGAGAGGAGGAAGCUCCUACGGCAGGCCGGAGGACGAGCUGACCAGGGAGGAAGACCUGUACGAGCACCACAGCAGGGGUAAGAGCAGUUACCACCCGCGAGGGUCAGACACAUACGGCCGAGUAGUGGGCAGCAGCAGCACUAGCAUGGGUGGGGGGUCCUCCUAUUACUAUGACGACUACACCAAACACGGCGCACAGCGCACCGGCGUCCAGAAGCACGCCUCCAAGAGCCUGGCUCCGGCCGUCAUGUCCUCCAAGCGCAGCAAACACCGCAAGCAAGGCGGGGAGCAGAAGAUCUCCAAGUUCUCCCCCAUCGAGGAAGCACGCGACGUGGAGGCAGACCUGGCCUCCUACGCCGCGAGCACGUCGGGCGGCGGCAGCUUCAGCGUGGCGUCGCGGCCCAGGAAGCUGCAGGACGACAUGGCCCACGGCCUGAGGAAGAGCGCCUACGAGCAGAAGAGAUACUCCUAUCCGGAGGAGCGCAUGUACUACACCUCGGGCCGUUCGCGCUCCACGGGCUACGGCAUGGACAAGAUCUCAUCCCAGGACUACGCCGGCUACCGCAGCCGCUCCUACGAGAGAGAUGGGGACAGGGAGCGAUCAUCAUACAGGGCGAGCUAUAUCCGGGGCAGACCCCCCAUGCGCUCUCAGUAUUCGUCGGAGGAGAGCCCUCUCAGCCCCGUGGGUGUUCAUGUGAGGGCCUCCUCUCUGGGCCCAGAGCUGUACGACAGCCGUAGUAGUCAGUAUUAUGGCCAGUACGGCUCCAGCCACUCCAUGCCUGACGUGCAGGAUCACAUGAGAGACUUGCCCCGGACACACGUCUACAAACCCGACAAUUCUUACAUUAUAGACGAUAUGCAUUGCGCUGUUUCGGACAGUGAAGCCUACCAUCUUGGCCAGGAAGAGACAGACUGGUUUGAGAAGCCCAGGGACCUGCGCUCUAGCUCCCGCCACUAUGGCAGUGGUGGCCACUCCUCGUCCGGCCGUAGCCGCCACGUCAAGCAUACCUACCACGACUACGAUGAGCCCCCAGAGGAGGACCUGUGGCCCCAGGACGAGUACGGCCACACCCGCCAAUCUUCCACCUCGCGAGACCAUCGCCACCACGGCAGCACCAGCUCUGGGAGACACUCCGCCUCGUCCCGCCACUCGGACGAACCGCGCUCCUCCCGCUCCUCCAAAGGCCACCCCAAAGACCCGUCCAUGCGCCACGACUCCCGCCAGAUGUCCUCGUCAGGGAAGAGGGGUGACCCGCGCUCCCAGGGGGGGUAUCACUCAUCGGACUACUCCAGGGACCCGUCGGGCCACCACCACAGCCAGGGCCGCUCCUCCAAGUCCUCAUCCUCCCACGAUGGGCGGACUUCCUCCAGGAAGCAGCAAGAACUCCAGGGUCACCCUCCCUCCUCCUCCAGGGGCCAGGGCAGCUCUGGCCGUGGGCCGGGAUCCGCCGGUGGGCCCCCGGGCUCUAGGGGACAGGGUCCUACCUCCCAGCAGGAUGGGCUGCAGCAAGGCCAGCGCACCCAGCUGCAGCAGCAGCCCCAGACCUUGGCGGCACGACAGACAGGCACCACCCCUGCAGGCACCACCCCUGGGGGCCAGCAGCCUCUGGGCCUGGCCCAAGCCCAGCAGGGUCUACAGGCCAAGCCUGGUCAGCUUGGUCCUGGUCAAGCCGGUCGCCAGCCACAGGCAGGAGGCCCACUGGGGCAACUGCCACCAACUGCGCAAGCACCUGUCGCAAACACACCCCCUGUGACUGCCAUAGGGGCCAAAGCUGUCAUGGGAGGGGCAGCCCAACCUGCAAAAUCACCUCAACCCCCACUCACGGGAAUAGGCUCCAAGGCCGCCCCUAGACCCAGUGGCAUCGGGAGCGCGGCAACAGGUCAACCGGGGAUGGAGGGGGAUAGUCUCCUCUCUAAAGUCCUACCAGGAAACCCUGCGGAGGCAGCAGGAAAACUAGGAGAAGAUCGUUUUGCGGCCACCAGGCUGCAAUGCCCACAGCCAAAGAACCAGGCCCCUGACACCCUGGGACCACCAGAACACCCUAGGGCUGUGGUCUGCACGGAGGUCCCAAGCCCCGAGGACCCUUCCAGAGAGCGGCUAGCUGAAUAG